AUAAACGGAUUAUUAAUAAAUCAAUUCUAUAAAGAAUCUCUGCAUAACUCAUCACCUCGGAUCUUAAACAUCCUUCCUUAUUUCAGUCAGCAGAAAUGGCUACCCCUCUCAGAAGCAACAGCAGACUCUCCAUUGCCAUGGAGAGAACAGGUCAAUGGGUGUUUUCUCAAGAAAUUCCAACAGAUGUUGUGGUUGAAGUUGGAGAAGCCAGCUUCGCUCUUCACAAGUUCAUGCUUGUGGCAAAGAGCAACUACAUAAGGAAACUGAUAAUGGAAUCGACAGAACCAGACCUUACAAGAAUCAAUCUCUCUGAGAUACCUGGAGGCCCUGAAAUGUUUGAGAAAGCUGCAAAAUUCUGCUAUGGGGUCAACUUCGAAAUCACUGUUCAUAAUGUUGCUGCUCUUCGCUGUGCUUCUGAAUAUCUCCAGAUGACUGAUUUAUACUGCGACAAUAACCUCUCUGGUCGUACAGAAGAUUUCCUUGCUCAGGUUGCCUUGUCUAGCCUCUCCGGUGCUAUUGUCGUCUUGAAAUCUUGCGAAGAUCUCCUUCCCAUGGCUGAAGAUCUCAAAAUUCUUCAGAGAUGUGCAGAUGUUAUCAGCGUUAAGGCCUGUAACGAGGCAAACUUUCCAAGCCGGUCGCCUCCCAACUGGUGGACGGAGGAGCUCUCGAUUUUAGAUGUAGAAUUUGUGGGGAAGAUUAUUUCUGCAAUGAAGAAACGGGGAGCUAAAGCACUAACCCUAGCGAGUGCUCUCAUAACUUACACGGAGAGAAAUCUUCGAGAUCUGGUUCGAGAUCAUUCUGGGCAAGCCAAGUCCAUGGAUCCUGACGACUCCGACAUCAGGAGCUGCCAACGGGAGCUUCUACAAUCAAUAGUCUCUCUCUUGCCUUCUGAAAAAGCUGCUUUCCCGAUCAACUUUCUCUGCUGCCUUCUCCGGUCUGCCAUCUUCCUCAAAGCCUCCAACUCCUGCAAGAACGAGCUAGAGAAACGAAUCUCUGCAAUACUAGAGCACGUUACAGUGGACGAUCUUCUGGUCUUGUCUUUCACUUACGAUGGCGAGAGACUCUUUGAUCUAGAGAGCGUGAGGAGGAUCAUAUCUGGGUUCGUGGAGAAGGAGAAGACCAUGGCUGUCUUCAGCGGUGGCGAUUUCAAGGAUACUUGUUCUACGGGGAUGCAAAGAGUUGCAAAGACCGUAGACGCCUAUCUCGGCGAGAUUGCCACCUAUGGAGAACUCGGUAUCUCCAAAUUCAAUGGAAUCGCCAUUCUAGUUCCCAAAGGAGCUAGGAAAGUCGAUGAUGAUCUCUACCGUGCCAUUGACAUCUAUCUGAAGGCCCAUCCGAACCUUGACGAGAUAGAGCGAGAGAAGGUGUGCAGUGUAAUGGACACGUUAAAGCUUUCCCACGAAGCUCGACUUCAUGCCUCACAAAACAAACGAUUGCCUGUACAGAUUGUUUUGCAUGCGUUAUACUAUGAUCAGCUGAAGCUAAGAAGUGGGAUGGACGAACGCAGCACGCCAGAAGCUGGCGUUGGCAAUACAAGGAAUCAAUUGCAGGCGACGGAUGUGUCUCUGAUCAGAGAGAACGAGGCUUUGAGAUCGGAGCUCAUGAAGAUGAAGCUUGUCAUAUCGGAUAUGCAGAAGAACAACAGCAAUCAAGGGACUUCCGGGAAGGGUGGUCCUCGGAAGCCCACCUUCUUCUCAUCAAUGUCCAAGACAUUAGGAAAGUUGAAUCCUUUCAAACAUGGAUCUAAGGAUACUUCUAACAUUGAUGAUAAUGUUGGUGUUGACAUUUCCAAGCCAAGAAGAAGAAGGUUCUCCGUUUCUUGAUUGUAUUGAUGAUUUAAAGUGUGUUUAUUUCCGUUGUAAAUUUUGUUUUAGAUUUGGGAUUUAUCUUCUCUUUCAAUACUUCUGGAAGAGGAUAUAGUCUAUAGUUUGUGCAAUUGUACUGUAAGGAUGAUUUAUUAUCGUUUGAUUAAUUUCUGAAUAUUUGUUUUCCCUUC